AUGAGUGGAUCAGCUUAUCAUAAUUAAAAACCCAUCUAUAAUAAUCCAGCAUGUGAAUAAUAAAAAUAGGUUUAAAUCCUAAAACUUAACCAAAAAUAAUAAUAAGAAGAAUAACUAAUUCGAUAUUAUAUUUUUGAAAAUCUUUAAUACUUUAUUAAUUUAAUAUACUCAUUAAAAGCAGUAAAUGAACAUUUUUAAAAUGAUCCUCAACAUCCCAUGAAAAUAAUUGCUAGAAAUAAAAUUGUGCUUUAGUCAAAUUUAUCAAAUAGCAUUCAGUAUGACUAAUAGUAUUAAUAUAAAUCUGAUUCUAAAUUAUACUAAGUAUUACAAUAAGAAAAACUUAAUGCGAAAUAAUUAUUAGAGCAACUUUCACCAGAGUUAAAAGAGGAGUUUCAAAGCUAUAUUGAUGCUUACAAAACAUAUAGUUUAAAUUAGAAUAUUCAAAUGUGCUCAUAAAAUUUGGAAUAAACUAAUCUCUAAUCAAAAUUUGAUUAAAAAGUCUUACAAUCAGUUAUAAAUUCAAUAUCAUCAGUCGAUUAAACAACUUAAUAAUUCAAAGAAUAAAAAAUAUACAAUAGGCCCAAAAUGCAAGAUGUAAUUUUAAAAGCAUAGUAAAUAUUUAAAUCAAAUUUAGAAAUUAUUAUGAAAAGACAAAAUAAUAGCUUGAUAUCAAUUUUCCAAAUCCAAUCAAUGUAGAGUAGGAAUCCAAUUAAUCCCUAAAUUCACAAGCUCCUAAGUUGAAACUAAAAUAAAAAUAAAAAAAUUCUAUAGGAAUUAAGAAAAAAAUCUAUAAAGAUUCUAUCAAUUAGCACAACAAAAAAUCCUGA